AUGGCGAGAUUCUUGGAGGUGCAAGCUCGUCAGGAAGAUCAGACAGAAAAGACAGACAUUGAAGGUGCUCAACAUUGUUCUACUUUAUUUAUUGCAAAUCUAGGUCCGAGUUGCACUGAAGAUGAACUGAAGCAAGUUCUUUCCCAAUACCCUGGAUUUAAUGCACUCAAGGUGCGUGCUAGAAGUGGAAUGCCGGUAGCAUUUGCUGACUUUGAGGAGGUUGAACAGGCAAACGAGGCCAAGAAUGCACUUCAGGGAAGCUCGUUGCCAUCAUCAGACCGGGGUGGCAUGCACAUAGAGUAUGCAAGGUCUAAAAUGAGGAAACCCUAG